AUGGUCGAGGACAAGUGGAUUGGGCUGGCACUGGCAUGCUCCAGUUCAUUGGCCAUUGGAACUAGUUUUAUUAUAACAAAAAAGGGCUUGAACGAUGCUGCGCGACGUGGCCCUACUUCACAGAGUGCUUCAGACAACCUUUCGUAUCUCAAAAACCCUAUAUGGUGGGCAGGGAUGACUACUCUGAUCGUCGGGGAAGUUGCGAAUUUUGCUGCUUACACAUUUGCUCCACCAAUCCUUGUCACUCCCCUUGGUGCUCUUAGCGUACUCAUCGGUGCUGUCCUUGCUUCAAUUCUGCUACAUGAGGAGCUCGGUCAUAUAGGGCGUGUUGGAUGUGCCUUAUGUCUCCUAGGCUCCAUUAUCAUCGUUCUUCAUGCCCCAGAGGACAAGGAGAUUCAAACGGUUGAUGAAAUAUUACAGUAUGCUCUUCAGCCAGGAUUUUUAAUGUACAUUUUACUGGUCACCGUGUGGUCUCUCUUCGCAAUCUACCGCCUGGUUCCCCUCUACGGCAAAAAGACCCCCCUAGUGUAUAUUUCCAUUUGCUCUCUCGUCGGUUCAGUGAGCGUGAUGGCCAUCAAAGGGUUCGGCGUUGCUGUCAAACUCACCCUUGCUGGGAACAACCAACUCACACACCCGAGCACCUGGGUGUUUGGCAUCGUUGUUGGGUCGUGCAUCGCUGUGCAGAUGAAUUACUUUAACAAGGCGUUGGAUACGUUUUCCACCAACGUGGUAAAUCCAAUGUACUAUGUUGGUUUUUCAACUGCCACAAUCCUGGCCUCGGCACUCCUCUUCAGAGGAUUCAACACAACCGAUCCAACCAACACGGUCUCCCUCAUCACCGGAUUUAUAGUCACCUUCCUGGGCGUUCAUCUGCUCAACGCGUCGCGCCAACAGCAACAACAAACUCAUUCCGGUUCGCUAGACGAAGAGGACGUUGCAUGGGCUAAUCCACCAGCAAGUGCAGGCGGCCACACGAGACGGAGCAGCAGCCUUUACCGGUUCGAUCCCGAAAUUAUUCGAUCAGAAGCGAACGGCGUACCUCUGGAGGAAGUGAGAGAAGAGAGCGACGAGGAAGGGGACGAGAGGACCAGGUUGCAUCGAGGUGGACGUGGGCACAGUGGGAGUGCUCGUGGGAGUAGGCAAGGCAGCAGAGACCGGCUAGGCAGUGUCAGGAUAUGA